AUGUCCGAGAACGACGAGUAUGAGGUGUUGGAGAAGAUUGGCCAUGGCUCCUUUGGCAUUAUCCGAAAAGUCCGGCGAAAGGCCGACGGCAAGAUCAUGUGCCGUAAGGAGAUCAGCUAUCUCAAAAUGACGCAGAAGGAGCGCGAGCAACUCCACGCUGAAUUCCAGAUCCUGUCGAGCCUCCGUCAUCCCAACAUUGUCGGCUACUACCACCGUGAGCACCUCAAGGCCACGCAAGACCUGCAUCUUUAUAUGGAGUAUUGUGGCAAUGGAGACCUAGGUAGGGUGAUCCGAGACCUUGCUGCAAAGAAUCAAUAUGCCGAGGAGUGGUUUGUCUGGAGUAUCUUCACCCAGCUGGUGACGGCCCUGUAUCGCUGCCAUUAUGGUGUUGAUCCCCCGGAGGUAGGCAAGUCAAUCCUCGGCAUUCCAGCUCAGCGGCCCAAGCCACCACCGGGAGCGAUGACCAUUUUGCACCGCGACCUCAAGCCCGAGAAUGUGUUUUUGGGCGAGGACAACUCAGUCAAGCUUGGUGACUUUGGCCUCUCCAAGGUGAUGGAGUCGCAUGACUUCGCCUCGACAUAUGUCGGCACACCCUUCUAUAUGUCUCCUGAGAUCUGUGCCGCUGAGAAGUAUACGCUCAAGUCGGAUAUCUGGUCGCUGGGUUGCAUCAUCUACGAGCUCUGCACGCGUGAGCCGCCCUUCAACGCAAAGACGCAUUACCAGCUGGUCCAGAAGAUCAAGGAGGGCAAGAUCAAUCCUCUACCUGCCGUAUACUCGCAAGAGCUCUUUUCUAUCAUCAAGGAUUGCUUGCGGGUAAACCCGGAUAGGAGGCCAGACACGGCUACCCUGCUCAAUCUUCCUGUCGUCCGCUUGAUGCGCAAGGAGCGAGAAGUCAAUGACUUCAACAAGACGCUCAAACAGAAGGAAGAAAGCCUCAACCGCCGCGUCAAAGAAGUCGAGCAAAAGGCCGCAGCCCUGGAGCAGAAGGCUGCCGCGCUGCAGCAGGAGAAAGCAGCGCUAGAACAGCAAAAGGUAGCUCUUGAGCAGCAAAAGACUGCAAUGCGUCAAGAAAUCGAGGCCGCGGUCCGGCGUGAGUGGGAGGUCAAGGCUCGCUUGGAAAUCGACCGACUGGUCGCUCUUGAAAUCGAGCAGCUGCACAAGAAAUUUGAACAGGAAGUGCAACUCAGGGUUGAGAUGGAGCUGCAAAAGAGGAAGGCAACGAUACCGAGCGAGGCUGAUCGAACAGAUCUCUCAUCAUCGGCCUCAGGGGCUAGUUCGUCCAUCAGCGGAAGAAGUGCCGAUAGCGAGCAGACCUCGACGACCGACGCAACUGAUCUCACAGUCGAGUCUCCAGACACAUCAAUGCAUCCGCUUAAGAGGAGCGUCACACGCACUCCGUUUACCAGAGCUCACACCAUGUUCGCAGCGCCUGUUGGCACACCCAUGGACAUCGAAAUGGCCUCGCCUUCGCCAAUGACAGUCCAAUCCUUGUCGCUCUCACCCCGGCGCAACUUCCUGGCGAAGCCACCGACAGUAAACCCAGGGAAUAUCUUCGCAAUGGCAGGGGAGAGCAAGGAUGGGGCAGCCCGCCGCUCUCUUGCAGACUCGGACACUGACGCCGACGUGGACGUUGACGAUGCCAACAUCGAUGAUGAUGAUAUUGUCCCCUCACCGACGCGUCUAAUCAAGCAUAGCAACAAGAAUCCGUUCAACCCAAAGCAGAGACCUCAGCUGCCCGCUCAGCAGACGGUGUUACCCUUCCACCAACGCCUGAAAUCUAAGCAAUCGACGGCGACUCAGGGCAAGACAGUCACACCCGCUCCCUCAAAUUCAGAUUUUUCCUCUAUACGUCCGGUCGAUAGUGGUGUCGCACUUCAGGAUCGGUCUAACAGCCCGACCCGGCGUGUCACAAAGAUCCCAUCAACUAUCAACAUGCGGAAUAAUGCCACAGAAACAGCGACGUCGGGAAGCGGCCUGCUUCGUAAGCCAAGCCUAUCCAAGAAAGAUAGUUGCGAUCACCAAUCUCAAAACUCCCAAAAUAUUAACCCUAGCCAACCGUCCUGUCUCAACAAAAUCUACUCUGCUCCGAACAGUAUUAAGUCUGCUGCUUCGGUCCCGAGCAUCACAACGGCGACAUCGUGCGGCAAUAUCCGCGGGCGCACUCUUGUCGAGCUCCAGCAAGCUCGGGCUGGUGGCCGCCCGCUUAGCGCGGUCAUGAGUAGCGAUGGCCACAACCCGAACUGUGCUCACCACCAUCACCAUCAUCACAACCACACCCACACUCACGUGGUGACCAACACUAGUAGUCCGGUCCGUGCAUUUAGGGAACAUGCGGCUGCAGCUAAUCGCGGUAUCGUCCCUGUUACCACGGCUUCGGCGCUAGCCUCCGAACCACCCGCGGUGUGGGAUCCAGAGAAGGAUGACAUGCCAAGUCCAUUCCUGGUCAGAAGGAAGCCUGUUAGGGCUUGA